AUGGCAUUGGUGAAACAUUCCCAGGCCGCCACGAGUCGAAGUGAUCUAAUCAACAAUGAAGGUCGUGGUCGAAGAGUCAACAAAGAUAGAAGUCGAGGAGUCGUCAAUAGUCAAGGCUGGGGUCGUAUCGUUUUCAAGCGCCAUAUACUGCCCCUCCAUAAAGAAAUAUCACAUUCAAAGUACCUCGCAUUUUCUGCUUGUCCAAGAGGCAAAUUGGGAGCUCUACAAGAAACAAAAAGAAGCAGAAGCAUAUAUCUCUAUGAAAAGGAGAAAGAAGCAGCAGCACAGAAAGCAAUUGCAGAAGCUGAUUUCUACAGUCGUAAACAGAUCAUUGAUGGAGAUUUAUAUGCAAAAAUGAAGGAAGCAGAAGGACUUAAAGCUCUAGCAGAAGCUCAAGGCACCUAUUUGCACUCUCUCUUAGAAGCUUUGGGUGGAAACUAUGGUGCUCUAAGGGAUUACUUAAUGAUAAGUGGUGGAAUGUUUCAAGAACUUGCCAAGAUUAAUGCUGAGGCUAUCCAUGGCCUACAACCCAAAAUCAGCAUUUGGACAAAUGGAGGAUCUGAGGCAGCAGCAGGAGGUGGAAAUGCCUUAAAAGAAGUUGCUGGCAUCUACAAAACAUUGCCACCAUUGUUCAAGACUGUUCAAGAACAGACUGGAAUGUUGCCACCUUCAUGGAUGGGCACCAUGACUAAUGACACUAGUCAAUGA